AAGAGAGAACGAACUAGACUCGUUCGCGUUCCGCCGAGGUGGUGCAGUUUUCCAGUGUCGCGUAGAGUGUAGUGUUUUUCUUCCUUUCCCCCCGUUUCUGUGGAUCGAGUGUAGUGUGCGUCGAUGAGGCGAGCCAGUUCUAUCCCCGAUGAUUAAGGAGUGCAUUUAGUGCAAGGACUGAGCAUACCUGGGAGCGUUUGAGAAGCACGUCCCCCGAGACCCCUCCAGCCAAAGUCACUCGCCUAACCUCUCCCCUGUCCUCCUUAUCCUCCUCCACACCCUUUCCCUCCGCAAAUCUCGAGAAGAAAACCUCCCAUCGUAAUCACAGAAUCCGCGACUUCGUUAUGGACGGUAUGGAUCCCAAACCAGCCUUGAACGACGACCCCUCGGUCACCCUGACCAUCCGCCUGAUUAUGCAGGGCAAGGAGGUCGGAAGUAUCAUUGGAAAGAAAGGAGAGAUCGUCAAAAGGUUCCGCGAGGAGUCUGGUGCAAAGAUCAACAUCUCCGAUGGAUCUUGCCAGGAGCGGAUAGUAACCGUCACCGGGCCAACGAACGCGAUCUUCAAAGCGUUCACGUUAAUAUGCAAGAAGUUCGAGGAAUGGUGCUCGCAGUUCCACGACAACAACCAAGGUGGCGGUGGCGCGACCAGACCGCCGAUCACGCUCAGGCUGAUCGUGCCCGCGUCCCAGUGCGGCUCCCUUAUCGGUAAAGGUGGAUCGAAGAUCAAGGAGAUUCGCGAAGUGACCGGUGCCUCGAUUCAAGUCGCCUCCGAAAUGCUGCCCAAUUCUACGGAACGUACUGUUACCAUAUCUGGCACCAGCGAGGCCAUCACACAGUGCAUAUAUCACAUCUGCUGUGUUAUGCUAGAGUCCCCUCCCAAAGGUGCCACGAUCCCUUAUCGCCCCAAACCCCAAGUUAGUGGGCCAGUGAUCCUGGCUGGUGGGCAAGCCUACACCAUCCAGGGUAAUUACGCGGUGCCCGCUCACUCGGACGUAAGUACAGUAUUGCCAUUGUCCGCGCCCGCUGCCGGGCCCACCCCGCCCUCGCUGAACACCCAAACUUUGACGACUUCGCCCUUCGCGGCCCACCCCUCCUCCUCGGCCUUCGCCGCUUCUCACGGGCAACCGCUCCUAUCCACGGCCCACCUUACCUCACCACAUCUUCCUCUCCACCCGAGCCCCUUACACGCCAGCGUGGCAGGCCUCGCCGACCCCCUGCUGAAGAGUGGACACUUGCAGGCAGCCCUCCCGCCCGCACACCUCGUGGCAGACGCCAUGGGAAAGCUCGGUAGCAAUCCAUUGGCCGGACUCGCCGCUCUCGGCCUGGGAGGCCUCGCCACACCUGCCAACACCGGCGGACUUAAUCCAGCAGGUGAGUCACUGGCAGCGCUGGCCGGCAGUCAGCUGCGCACCAGCAACACAAACAGGCAACAGCCAGCGGCGAACAAUCAGACGCACGAGCUGACCGUGCCGAACGAGCUGAUCGGCUGUAUCAUCGGCAAGGGGGGCAGCAAGAUCGCGGAGAUCCGUCAGAUCUCCGGCGCUGUGAUCAGAAUCAGUAACUGCGAGGAGAGGGAGGGCGGCGCCACGGAUCGUACGAUCACCAUCACCGGAAAUCCGGACGCCGUCGCAUUGGCACAAUAUCUCAUCAAUAUGAGUGUUGAACUGCAGAAAGCUAACCUAGAGGCCCAAAAUACCCAAACCCCUGGCAGCGGUACCACUCCCGGGGCAUCCGGGGCCAGUGCUUCUCCCUCUACCACCACUACCACUGCCUCUCCCUUGGCCAGCGCCAUUCCCUUGGCUCAGCUGCUAAGCAAGCCAGGCGCCCUCAACGCCCUAUCUAGCCUCACCGCCCUCGGCGGACUCACGGAAUUGCUAGGUGGUGCUGCUGGUGCGGCUGCAUCCGCGCUGCCUGUUCAGACAACCGGCGUGCACCGGUCGCACAAGUUCACGCCGAGGCUACGUAGCCCUGGCGCACCGGGACCGACCGACAGUGGGAAAUUCAAAUCCGAGCGCACCAAGUACAACCCGUACUGAGCCAAUGGACGACAGCCCACGGAGAGACGCGACAGGGAGAUCAUUACACAUUCUACCACACGCAUUACCAAUAAUCACCACCAACAACAACAACAAUUACCGAACCACACACACACGGAACACGAAAUUUACAUCGGAGAAACGUGCGUACGGACGCCAGGGUAGCGCGAGUCCGGAUCAAGACUUGGCUAAGGAUCGGACCACGAUUUUUUCAAUGGACCUACUACUACUUCUGCUUCUUGAUGGUAGGGUAAGGACAAGUAGACCGACCACAGUGAGGAUCGUUCGCCCCCUGUAAACGAUCUGUUUUAAACUCUUCGGGGCUAGAGAUGUAUUCUGCCCAUUGGUCUUUCUUGGUGUGGUUACCCUGAAAGUGCAUUUUUUUUUUCUGAUGUACAGGGUGUAGCUGACGUAGGGUAGACUUUGGUAGAGCAUGCUAUUUGUCUUAGGGACGGAGGGAGGUCCGACGAGUGUGGAUUCGGAAGUUCUUACCUUUUUCAAGUAGAUUGCCAUGCGUUUGGUGGAGAGGUUAACGAGUGUGCUUCACAAACUUGUUCGCUGUCCGAACCUGCGAGCGUGUAUUUCUAGAGAUGUGUGAGAUUUUUAUA